AUGGCGGCUAACCUAACAAAGUCCGAUAUUGCAGCCACUGCUCAAGCUAGAAGUGAUGAGGAUGAAGUCGAUUUCAGCAAUGCGCCAAAAGUCCCUGAUCAAUUCGCAGACGAGAGUUUUAAGCUUUUUUCCAAGAUCCAAGUCACUGACCCAACGCCCGAAGAAGCAAAUCAGAUAAGGAAGAAAUGUCUUUGGCGGAUCUUACCUUUCCUAUGUAUCGGAUAUCAUCUGAUUUCUGCCAUCCUUGGAAUCAUGAAUGAUGCCCAUCUGAAUUCAAAUCAGUACAAUUGGCUCUCCUCGAUAUUUUACUUUGGCUAUCUUCUGGCAGAAUGGCCUCAGAAUUGGGCCUUGCAGAGGUUCCCGGUUGGAAAAUGGUUGGCCGGAAAUUUGAUCAUUUGGGGUGGUAUCACCCUCUUGCAUAUUCCGUGUAAUAGCUUUGCCUCCCUUUUCGUGGUACGCUUCUUUCUCAGGCUAGCCGAGGCAUCGAUUGUCCCUGCAUUCCUGCUCUCCAUGUCGAUGUUCUUCACCUACGGUGAGCAGGCCGUUAUGAUGCCUAUUAUGUGGUCCAUCGGCAACGCAAGCCCUAUCACGUCGGGCCUGCUAUCGUACGGUGUUUUAUGGAUUAAGACUGGAAAUUUUUCUCCAUGGAAAUGGUUUAUGGUGAUCACUGGCGUUCUCACGAUCAUCUUCGGUAUCUUUGUGUACUGGCUUUUCCCUGAUAGCCCUCUUCAUGCCGAUUUCUUGACGUACGAAGAGCGUGCAAAGGCCAUUCUACGGAUCAAAGAGAACCAUUCUGGCAUUGAGCAAAAGCUUUUCAAAAGAUACCAGUAA